AAAAGGUGACUAAAUGGCAACGAUCAGAAGAUUCGGUCAUACUUUUGCGAUCGUAAAUCUUUAUUUAUAGAAUAAUUUACUUGGACUUGCCAUGUGAUAUUCAUAUUGCUAUUCGGUAUCAGUCUGACAUAAAUAUAGGUUUCUUAAGUCUGUUUAAGAUAAUUGUGAGAACAAAGCAUGGACGGCUGUGCAGCUGUCUACAACGUUUCAGUGAGGGACAGCUAGCUAGCUAGCUAUCUUAAAGUUAGCAUAUUGUUGCUACUUGUUCGUUUUGAAGAUUUGGAUUAGGUAAUCAUCAACAAUUCUCAAACUCUUGAACUAACAAUGGCAUAUAGGAGGGAACGGAACAUCCGUGAGGUAUAUGAGGAACGCUUCAUACAGGACAGAGCUGGGCCGUACCCUCGUGGCCCUGGAGCAGCGGAGAGGAGGUCCACUUUAGGUCGGCCAGAGGAGGAAUAUAGCCGGGCAUUUGAGUACGAGGGCCCAGCCCGCUUCUACCCCAAUGGAGGCGCCCCACGCAGUUACCAUGGCGAGGAACAGAGAGGAUACCAUGGCGAUAGCCUGCAUUUUCCGCCCGAGCGCAGGGCUGUUCCUCCCGCUAGAAGAGAGGACCCAUACCUCUACAGAGGACCCAGAGAGGAGCCACACACAACACGCCAGAUGGACUUUAGAAGCAGCAGCCGCGCUGUCGCCCCUCCCAGCGUGCGGGGUCAGAUGUACCCCGCCCCUCGCUCCCUUUCAGCCGUGGUGCCAGAGGGGGGUGAUGACACUCUGAUGCAGGCCAUCCUCAACCUGGACAGAAGCGAGGAGAGAGAUCCCUACAGGAGGAAGGGGCAGUUCCCCCCCGUGAGGGAGCGCUCCCCCCAGCGCAGAGACGUGCCUCCCUCCCCCCACAGUCGCUCCGGGUCCUCGGUCAGCAGCAGAGGGUACUCCCCGGACAGGGCCAAGGGGCUGGCCUACCCCCCGCAGGGAAAGAGUGUGGACUGUCCCCAGGGACACGGUGGAGGAGCAGAUCUCCUCUGGGGGACACUGUACCCCCCGCAGGCCGGACAUGACUUCCUGGACAAAGACCGACCAGCAGGCCUUUCUGUCAGUGCGUCCAGAGAUGGUUCACCUCAGAGCACAGCGUCCACCUCCAAGGAAGAGGCACAUGUGCUGGACGGAGACCAUAACGAGGGGCUGGGCGCUGUGGAUGAAAGCCACAAGAUCUUGGAGGACUUCAAGGAGAGACGAGCUCAGGCCAUCGCUGCCAAGGCUCACGAGAUAGAGAAGGUGUUCAGGCAGGACUGCGAGACCUUCAGCAUGGUUGUGAAGAUGCUCGUGGAUAAGGACGCCUCUCUGGAGUCUCAGCUGCAGAUGCCGCUCAUGGAGAACAUCGUGGAGCUACGCGAACGCUGCUUCAACGACCUCAAACACUUUGUGUCCGAGCUGGACCAGGUGGUACUGCAGGAGCCCUCUAUGUGAGAGGCCGACCAAUCACAGCACACCUUCUAGAGAGAGAGAAAGAGAGAGAGAUACUUAUGGCCAGUUCACAGAGACGAUGGCCAAAUGUGAGCCGACUUACUGCAGCCCUACAAACAGGAAGUGAAUACUGUGUGUCGAGGAGACACGAUGACCUCAGCUGGGUGGUAGCUAACCAGGAGAUUAAACCUAGCACCAUCCAAUGGAUUUAAGUGGACCACCAAUGUUCUCAUGUUUGGCAAAAAGCUCUGAACAUUUGAGAUGAAACAGUGUUGAACUUCUUGAACUUAUUUUAUUUUUACCAGCAGAGGGUAUUGGUUGUACAAUGUCCUGAGUGGCCUCAGUUCAGGAGUUCAAACACCCUAAACAAACAAUUCACAAACCUUCUAUUCUUCUGUUUCCAUAGAAACGUUGUCAUUGAGCCAGUCUUUGUGGCUCUCACUGGGUUUAAGGAGAGCUGUUGUGUUCUGAUGAAGACCUCUAGCAUCAAAAUAUAUGUUAUAGUGUGUUCUAAAUUUGGCCUUGCAACCUCAUGUAAUGUAACAGUACCUGUAAUACCUGUCUUCUCAGCUGUGUAUGGAUUUAGGACACUGUUACCAACCACUCUGAUUUGGUGGUGGAUAUGACUGUUUUUCCUGACAACGGAUUUGAUUGUUUGUGUUGUGUUAUGUUGCUUAAAAGACAUUGAACAAGAGCAGUGAAUAAAACAGGAAUUUGAAAUGCACAUCGUCGACUCGACCAGCCUCCAGUCUUUAAACCCCAGGUAUGUCGUGGAGAUCAGAAUCAUGAAACUAUGUGAAGGUGACGUCCCACAUCUCACAUGAACACAAGGUCAUUUUUAAGUAAAAAAAACAUUUUCAAAUGUGGAUUUGAAUCCAGGCUGUUGCGUUACUGCCCCAGCAUAUCUGAAAGAGCAUACACACUAACCCAGUGAGCUAACUACUGCCCCAGCAUGUCUGAAAGAGCAUGCACACUAACCCAGUGAGCUAACUACUGCCCCAGCAUGUCUGAAAGAGCAUGCACACUAACCCAGUGAGCUAACAGGGGAGCCCUGCUUUCUUCUGGUUUUCUGACACCCCAACUCUGCAGGUUGUUACAACUACAUAGUUCAAUGUCACAUUUAAAUGUUGAGUGGAGAUGAUGAUCCCUGAUAGCUCAGUGGUUAAGGAUGUGGGCUGCUGUGUGAGGGGUCUUCUGUUCAAUCAUGCCACUGAGCCACAGGGGUUUCCUGCAAAGUUGCUUUCUACAAGACGGUGUGAUUUACCUUAUGACAUUACUAAAUGACAAAGGACAAAGUACGUUUUGUAUGUUGUGAAAGUUUGCUUAAGGAUUUCGAAGAACAAAAUACUGUGACAAUAAAUAGACUUUUCUUGAAUAGACUUAUCUCUGCCAUAUGGUUAAAUAUGAAACAGAAAUGUACAGCUUACCAUCUAUUAGGGAUGGGAAUCUUUUGGUACCUCACGGUUCGAUUCUUUGGGUC